UAUUAGACUUACUGUCACUACUAUCACUACUACCACUACUAUUUAAAACUUUUAUUAUUUACCAAAAAAGAAAAGAAAGAAAGAACAACUUAUUUAUCAUGGCCGCACUUCCUACAAUCGUCGUUCUCAUCUCUGGUUCAGGUUCCAACCUUCAGGCACUUAUUGAUGCUACUCAGUCCGGUGCACUCAAAGCAAAGAUCAUAAACGUAAUCUCAAACCGCAAGGCUGCAUAUGGACUCGAACGUGCUGCCCAGGCCGGAAUCCCCACCCAGACGUUUUCCUUGAAACAGUUUCGGGAUGCUGGCAAAACACGCGUAGAUUUCGAUAUUCAUGUGGCAACCGCAAUCCAGGCCUUGAGACCCGAUCUUGUGGUCUUGGCUGGUUGGAUGCACAUCCUGUCACCAGAAUUCCUGUCACAUUUCCCUGGCGAGAAUGUGAUCAACCUCCAUCCUGCCUUACCUGGUCAAUUCGACGGAGCUCAUGCUAUCGAACGUGCAUUCGAGGCUUUUCAGCAAGGUAAAAUCACCCACACCGGUGUGAUGGUACACAAGGUGAUUGCAGAUGUGGAUCGUGGUCAAGUUAUCUUGCAGCGUGAGAUACCUAUUCUCAAGACAGACAAGCUUGAAGAUCUUGAGGCAAGAAUCCAUUCAGUUGAGCAUGAAAUCAUUGUAGAGGGUGCACAGGCAUUUUUGAACGCAUUACAAAAAUAAAUAAAUAAAGAGAGAAAGAGAGAAAUAUAGAAAGCGCGUACGAAGGAGAUAUAUAUGUCCAUUAAAUACACUUCUUCUUCUUGUUUUUAUUCUUCUUUUAA